AUGAAUCCAUCAGAAAACCAAUCCACCCCACAACAGCAAACACCACAACAAACAUCAACUACUGAAUUACCACCAAUGCCACCGCCUCCAUUUACAUCUGAACCACAACAACAAACCACACCCAUUGCACCAUCAUCAAGCACAACCACCCAACCAACCUCUGCUCCAACUGGAGAAUUUCAUUUUAUUGGUGGACCACUCUAUUCUCUAGAAAGCCGAUUACCACCACAGCCCGAUCCUUUACGGACCGUGAAUCAACCAAACCUGGUGCCACACCCGAACCGGUCGGGUGCGAUGUUUGAGCAAGUGGAUCAUAGGGCAAGAACAGAGACAUGGGAUGAUGGAUACGGAGACGAUGAAUGGGGGAUAAACGAUGGGUAUAUGGGGUAUCCAGCUGGGUACCAAAAUCAGCCAGUUAAUCGCAAUCAACCGAUGUAUCAGCAACAAAGACAGCCACGGAGAGUAGAUGCUUAUCAAACCCCGCCACAGGUUCAUAGGGCACCGGUUGCACCUCGCCAAAGACAAAGAGAUCCUCGCACGCAUCACCGAUAG